UCUAAAAUGUCAAAAACCGCAAUAAAUGAAAAUAUUCUAUUAAAAACAGGGACAUUACUAUUUUCCGAAGAACCUUACGUGGCAAGUCUUUUAAAUAAAUGUAGAGACACUCAUUGCUCAUAUUGCUUCACAAAAAACAAACUUUAUAAAUGCCUUAGCUGUGGAUUACAUUGCUAUUGUAACAAGGAGUGCCAAAAAAAAGAUUGGGUUGAUCAUAAAUAUGAAUGCAAAAAAUUGCAACUUCUAACUAUGGAAGAACGAUUUCAACUUGAUCAUGAAGUCCACCUCGUAAUGCGUAUAAUCUUCAAACAAAUACGCGAAUCAAAAAGCAAUGUCCCAGAAAAUUCUAUAUCAUAUUCUAAUGAAAAAAUUCAAUUGACUAAAUACAAAUUUUCUGAUUUGAUGGAUCAUUUUGAAAAAAUGGGAACUGCCAAUUUUCAAAUAUAUGGUUAUCUCGAGCAAAUCAAACAAUUAUUUCCGAAGGAAAUAAGGGAUAAAUAUCAACAAAUAGUUCGUCACAUAUACUGCAAAAUUGUGAUUAAUAACUUUGAUAUCUUAGACGAAAAUCGCAAUAAAAUAGGCACAGGAGUUUACCCAAAUCUUUCAAAAUUUGAUCAUAGCUGUGUACCAAACGGAGUUUGGAUACCCAACGGUCGGAUUCAACAUUUGGUUUUGAUUGACGAUCUUAAACUGCCCAAUGCAAAUGACUUACAAAAAUAUGUCUAUAUCUCCUACAUGAAUCUUAUAGCCUCAACCUCUGUUAAACAACAUUUCUUCAGAACUAACUUGUUUUUUAAUUGCAAAUGCGCAUUGUGUUGCCCGAGUAAGAUUCAAGGUCAAAUCUCGAAUAGCACGAACGAAUAUUGCAUAGAUAUGAUAGAUGAAUGUCUACCAAAAUAUGAUUUUCAUGGGUCUAAUUUGGAUUUCAAAAAGGUACAAAUAUACCAAGAGGACUAUUUUAACCGAUAUCUCACUGCAAAGAGUAAUUUAUUUGUUCAAAAUUUAACCUCGAAUGCGUUACCAUUUCCCGCUUCCAAGAAUAUAGUUUACAACAUGGUUUUGCAGUCACACAUGAACGCUAAUAUGCUUGGUGUGGACUACCAAAAUAUCUUAGCACGUGACUCUCUGAACAUGGUCGGCCUGAAAAUAACGUACGAAAUGGGCAAAGCUUUGGAAAGUGGGGAUACAUUUAAGAAAUAUUAUGUUAAAUACGAUAUCGUUUUAGCUAUGCAUUGGCAUAGGAUGGCUUUAUUAUCGAAAGCGUUGAAUUACAAGGCCGAUCAAUCCAUUUACAAAAAUAAAUGUUUAGAUAUUUUAGAUGCCGCCUAUCCUUUGACUCAAUUAGACGAAACUAGAAUCAAUAGAUCUAUUAUCGGUGUUAUGAGAAAAUUUUGUUUAACUUGUUGA